AUGGCACGGAAGUGCGCAAUUGCAAAGCUCGCGUUGGCUGUGUUUGGUGGCUUGGCGACAACAUUCCAGGCGCAGAUGCCGUGCUUUCAGCUUUCCGGUCGGCCGCUCCCGCUCGCCACAAGUAAGGUGCCACAACCUCCUGGGAAACGAGAUCUGCCUCUUGCCACCAGGAAGGUCACGUUGUCUGGAGGAACUGCGUGUUUCGAGAGACCACCAGCGAAGCUGCCAGCACGGAGUCUGCCCGGAUGGCUCCCAUGGCUUGCCCGAGGGCAUCAGCACGUCUCCAUUUGGAAGAAGCUGUGGCCCUUUGUUGUCUCAGUCUCUGGCGUGGUUCUCUCUGUAGAAGCCACAUUGCGUGGCAGGCGUGAUGCUGAGAGAGCCCAGCAGGAAUCUCAAGAGGGCAGAACCCAAGCUGCGGCGGACCGCAUGAUGGUGCCCUUUCCCCCACAAACAAAGAAAGCCGAAGUGGUCGAGCGCGACAUCACGAAGACCAUCGAAGAGCGGAUCCUGGGCUGGCAUGAGCAUGCAACCAUCAUUGCGGGGCGCUUCGGCGCGGGCAAAUCCGUGGCUGUCGAAGAGGCCCUGCGCGACAUGCAGGGCGUCUACGUCCACCAAGUCCGUGGCAACGACUGGGAGGAGAAACUCUACAAGCGCUUGGGCCUGGAUGGGCCGGACAUGCUCGAGGAGGUUCAUCGUCGAGUGGGUGACAAGCUGAAGAGGCCGCCCAUCCUGCUGCUUGACAUCCCACGAACCACGAAGCAAGGCAUGGAAACGAUUUCCAGCUUCGCCAAGGAGCUGUCGUCGGACAGGAAGCUGGCCCACGUGAUCGUGUGCGCCUCCUCGGCCGCGAUGGCCAUCUCCUUCGACGCAGGUGGCAGCGCGCGCCAAAAAGACAUCUGGGUGGGCGACUUGACUGAGAAGGAGGCGAAAGAGCUGCUGACACUCCGCGGGCACCAGAAUGAUUGGAAGCAAUUCGUGGAUGCAUGUGGCUUCAACGCUUUGGACUUGGUCGACGCCUGCGACAUCUCGGUGGAGGCCAAGAAGGCGGAGAUGGAGCAGAAGGCCCGCAAAGAGGUGCUGCGCUUCAAGGACCAGUGCAAGAUCGCAGGAGACACAGGAAAGGAAAUCCUAAACAAGCUGCUGGAAAACAGGCAGGCCGGCGAAGGUGCAGAAGAGCUCUGCACCGAUGCAUCUCCGAAGGAUGUGGCGAUGUGGAUCCGCGAGAAGGGUUAUCACGCCGUGAUCUGGCACACAGUGAAGCGGGAGUACCAAUUCGCAUCGGAGCUGCACGCGAAUGCAGCAAUCGAGAUUUUGAAGAGCACCUCCCAGUCGACGCCAUAA